CGUCAAGGUUGUCUACCUUUGGGAGUCUUGCACAAAUAGAAAACUCGGUCACUGUAAUUACCACCGUGAUAGCACGCUAUAGUCACUGAAGUCGGUACUGCAGGUGGUAAGUGGCACGGAGCAAACCACAUGUUUCCUGCUUUCAAGUACCCGCAUAAGGUACUAGGUAUCGAUCACCCGAUGAGGACCUACAAGUGCACUACCCUGCUAGUAGUAUUCUAUGAUAUCAGUCGUCGUGUCCCCUCUUAUUCAAACAAGAACUGUUCACCCAGCUUUGCUUUUGUUUUGUUGGCCCAUACAGUAGGAGGAGGGAGGUAGUAUCACUCUCCUGCAUCUGCUUUAUUCUAAUGCAAGUCUCACGGCACGUAUCAAAUCGUGUUUCAGUGCACCACCUUCAUCGCCAAUCGAAUCGAGCACCAGCAACAGCUUGUAACCCAUGUCUGCACCCUCGAGUUUGGGCGCGCAGAUACGUUUGCUACCAAAGCUCCCUGGUACGUCGCUGUGAUUGUUGGGGGAACCCGCAUUGAAUCCACGAUUGUCCCGAUGGCCAAGAUGAUACAAUAUUCAUGAUGGUCAAGGUAGAAAUACCCCAGCACUGGCCAGACAGCUGUUCCAGACACGUUAGACAUGUCCAUCAUUGCAAAGGCAGCUUUGUGGUAUUCUUAGAAACGAGGUCCCUGCAACGCAUGAGCUUUGCAGCUUGGUAAAGCGAUUCAGAAUUCGACCACUAAACUCGGCCAAUGUGAGACACGACCAGUAUACCAAACCAUCUGCGUUCGCAUCAACAUUAAAGAAUCCACUAAACCGCAAAGUCGUCAUAAUAGGUUGUCAGCCAGUCCUCUCCAAGGUAGUUCAAGCCUUCAAGUGGUUCAAAUCAUGACCAAACCUCCCCGAGUGACAAAAGACCCUAUCCCCAGCAUCUUUCCACUUCUCAAAGCUCGCUUCCCGCCUUGCGCGUCUCUUCUCAAUUGAAUCUGGGUGAUGAGACGGCAAGUGCCAGUCUCUCGAUGCGUCUUUGAAGUUAUCCCCUAGGAUAUGGUUCUCGCUCCUGUAGCUGCUCCCUAGUUGCACAACCACAGAACAAUUCGUCCUGUCGUUGAUGAGCCACUGAUGUGGUUCCUCGCCGCUGAAAGGUUUGCGGUUGGUUGCCCAAGACGAUUGAUGGCUAUCCCGAGAAUCCUGGUCAGCCCAGGCAGACUCUUUCUUCUCUCGAAUGCCACAUUGACCGGAAACUUGGGUAUCUUGAAUUGGUUCGUAGACGUUGGGUAUUCGUGGGUAUUUGCUAGGUUCCACCCACGAAUUGUAAAAAUCGUCCGUCAUGAUGGGUUUGCGACGGUAUGUUGCUGACGUUGUUUGCAUAGUAUAACACAGCUGGCGACACAGCUGAAGACGAAGCGUUGAUCAAUUCUGAGGUUGAGAGGGCACUCAAAAGUCUUAAAGGGUUGCGGGCUUCGGGAUUGUCAUGUCGAUAAAAGUCGGCAGUUCAUGCAGAUGAGCGCUCGCCCAAAGCUCACGCGCAUUUUGCAACAUCAUGACCAGAUUGGGGCCAUAUCACGCCAAUAUUGACCAACUACAGGUCAGAAUUAAGAACCACGUAUUCGAUUCCGUCCUAACAUGCCAGGGCAGGCCUCAAAAAGCGGCUGUUGGGUAUUGGGUGCCGAGUUGGGUGCCGUUGGGCUACAGCAGAUCUCAGCACAUCACCUCACGUGUGAGGUUUGGAAUUUCCAUCUUCCUUCGAGAAGAGAGAAAGAGAAGGAGGCCUAGUCGAGGCUGUGCUGCAGUAUGCUUGUCAUAUGGGCCUUGCUUGUUGAGAAAAGCCCCCGAGAUCAUCCGCCGAAGUUGGUUCGCCAGCUUAACGCAUGCACAGCCAUAACCAUGACCAAUCAGACAGGCAUAUUGUGUUGCUGAAAUUACAAUCCGAGCAAAUUACAUACACUCAACUCACCCACUUGAGCCCGAAAGUGAUACGCGAGGCACCGACAUUCUACGUCUUUUAUAAAUGAGGCGCUCCCCAAGGCAAUCUAGAAUUACAGUCACAUACCGCCAAGAGCCAGGAAAGUGCAAAAUGCUGUCCUUAAAAGCGACGAACAGCCCAGUCGCCAUUUGCGGGCGAUUCCCAAUUUCACUCAGCACUCGACAAUCUCUUGACCUAUGCUCAACUCGCAAAAGACAAAGCAAGAAUCAUGGAGUUUAGAGAACGAUCAUUUUCACGGGGGACUGACGAGAGGUUACCCAAACCUACAACCCGCAUGAACGACGAGACUUGGGAAAGGUUUAAGCCUUUUCUAUGCAGUCUUUACAAGAAAUAUACCCUGAGUGUCGUCAUGAAUGUCAUGGAGAAGAAGUACGGUAUUGUUCAAAGCAAGCGGCAGUAUGGCUAUCGUUUCGAGAAAUGGGGCAUAAAAAAGUACAACGCAAAUGAGAAAAAGACUUCUCAUAAUUCUCUAUCACCUAGUGCCAUCAACGACUCAAUGGACUAUGGUGAUGUUGGGGCCGACUUCGACCGAGAAACUCACUCCUUCAACCAACACCCACUGUCUGACCGUUGCGACCCAGACACUCUAAUGGCCGCGGUCGGGUCAGACAACAUGGAGUAUGACGAGUCGCUGGAUAGCCACAAAGCCACAAAGGUUGUCGUCCCAUAUCCGUGGGCAACUGGGUCACCUGAGGAAGCGAACAAACUGGCUGCUGACUUUUGUGCCGCCAUGCUCGAUGACACAAACGCAUUUGCCUUGUACUCGAAUCUCUACGAGAUCUUAUCGAAUAGCAGCCAGUCUGUUCCAGAGACCCGUGAGUUUCUGGCCAUCUGUUGUGCCCGUGUCGCUGGGAAACCAGACAAUGCUCGUAGCGCCAGGGCAAUUCUUGCAAGGGAAUGGACCGAGACACCAACGACUCGAGUUUCAGACUCUCCGUUUGUCCUGUCGAUGCUCAAAGCUUACGUGGGAAGUCACCAAGAAGAUUCGGACAAGUCGGCAUUUGUCAAACAAAUCAGUCGUAAUGUCGAGCAACUGGUUGGCAGCGACGGAUCACUUGGAGAGGUUUCACGCAAGUACUCGUCUAUCGAUCUCGUAGCCUACUUCUUCCUCGAUUUUGCCCUCGAGAUCUAUGACGACUGUUUUGACGAUUCCAACCCCCCGAACUUUAUGACUGAGCAUCUUCUGAACGAAUUCAUCACGACACAACCUUUUAUGAACGCUCUACGCAAUGACUGUCCAUCCCCCCUAAGUCUCUGUCUUAGGUGGUGCAAGGAACAGCUCCGACUUAACCACCCCGUGGCUCUACAAGAUGCUCUAGUACAGCCAAGUACUGAUAUGCGUUGUUGGUGGUACAAUAUACGUGUCUUUUGCACCCUCUGGGGAGUAAUGACGCAUUUGGUACGGGCGAAUUGUGCCCCUGUAUGGUAUACUCAGUGCGAGUCAGCCUUUGGCAUCCCUCCGUCAGAACUUCUCAUAACACUGUCAUGGAUGAUUCGUGCUGAGGCAACCGCAACUGAAACUGAUAGCAUCAUCUCUGAUACUGAACUACUCAUUCAGGCCGCUGAUGGCGCAGACAAGCUACUUCAAGUCGACGAGUCGCAACUGUGGAUAGACUUUCUCGAGAGGUUUACUUGGAUGAACGAACUGGCCAACCCGGGUGAUGCCGAGAGGUCUUUUGAAGCUACUGUCCAGGAUGAGCUGCGCAAGUAUGUCUCCAAGAUGCUUAGAGUUGAGUUGCCACAUCCGGCAGGGACCCAAUCUACCAGUGUUGGCGAGGUGGACUUUUACAGUUAUCCUCAGCACGGUUUUCCUGACUUUGACAUUAACUGUCAAAUGGACUACUAUUGAUAGUCUUCUUUCUAUAUAGCUUGAGUCUCUAGAAUCCCCUUCUUUGCCUGACUUUGUUUCUUCUUGGCUCAAGAUUCAAUUUACGAUGCAUAACAUGUUCCGUUUUUAGGCCGCAGUAGACGAAGUCAAUGGUGUAGACAGUACAAUCAAACAGAACAAGACAGACAAACCCAGUCUAUAUGAUGCAGGGGUAUAAUCAGCAGUAAUCUUUCAGUACCAGCAACUUCCUCAUCCGCACGCCAUGCUUGAUGCCACAUCUAAUGAA